GCGGCGGAAGCAGCGAGAGCAGUGUGAGCUGAUGUGAUUCGGCAGUUCGCAGGUCGCUCAGCUGAUGAAGGUAAAGCUGCUGCCGCUGCUGCACUGUGUCUAUCAGCUACUACAACACUGCAACAAAUAGUGAAUGGUAGUGUCUAGAAAGGGUAUGUCCCUUCAGGAGAGAGGUGCCAAUGUCCAACCGGCCUAAUUCCAAUCCAGGGGGGUCACUGCGCCGUUCACAGAGGAACACAGCCGCGGCCCAGCCACUAGACCACACGAUCGCAGGAAGAUUGCAGCCAGAGCAAGUUAACCAAAAAGCAAAUUUCCCACCUGAAAGUAGAAGAUCUAAUUCUAAGGCUUCCAAAGCCCCACCCAGCUCAGCUGCUGGCUCUGCCCGUGGCCACACCGCUCGAAGAAACAGUCUCUCUCUAUCCGUCACUUCACACUCGAUUCCAGAUCCUGACUUAGAAGCAGCAGGGACUUCAGGCCAGCAAGGGAAACGGGAGGGCAGCAGCACCCGCGCUCUCAAACGCAGCUCCGGCUCAGAGCCCCACAUCACCUAUUUACCCACCCCGGCCAAACGGCCCAAAGCGCUGUCCAACCAGCCCUCCGUUAGCGCAGCCAGUGUUCCUUCGGCCCCCACAGCCUCACCUGAACUUUCAGAGCCAAAGAAGGCUCCAGCAUCAGUCAGCACUAAAUCCAAAAAGAGAAGGUUAGCGGCCGAGCCGGCUCCUGCCAUAUCCGGCAGAGCCCUGAGCAAGAAGAGCGCCUCGCAACCUGGCCCCAGUGGGGCCCCCAGCACCCCUUCGCAAAAGCGCAAGAAGGCAGACUCUUUGUCAUCGUCGUCCUCCUCCCUCCCCAGCUCAAGCAGUGCGGCAGGCCCCCUGCCACCCCGCAGCGAGGCCAACCGGGCAGCCAAACCCACCAAACUGGCGUCCAAAUCGGCCGCCUCAGCCAAAGCUGGGUGUAGCACCGUCACUGACUCCUCCUCUUCUUCUGCCUCUUCCUCGUCGUCCUCUUCAUCCUCCUCCUCCGCCGUCACAGGCACCAACAGCUGUGCCCCUCAGGGUGCCCGCCUAAAGCAGGGUAAGGACCAGAGCAAAGCGCGACGCUCGCGCUCUGCAUCCUCCCCGUCCCCCCGCAGGAGCAGCCGAGAUAAAGAGCAGAGCAAGGCUGCUGGCUCCUCUAAGUUUGACUGGACGUCCCGCUUUAAUUCCAAAGUCAACCUGCCAAAGCCCAAACUGUCCCUACCGGGAUCAGCCAAGGCCGAGACCUCCUCCAAGCCUGGGCCUUCCGGACUGCAGGCCAAACUAGCAAGUUUGAGAAAGUCCACUAAGAAGCGUAGUGAGUCUCCCCCAGCAGAGCUCCCCAGCUUUCGGAGGAGCACACGACAGAAGACCACGGGCUCCUGCGCCAGCACCAGUCGGCGAGGCUCAGGCCUGGGCAAGCGCGGGGCAGCCGAAGCUCGCCGACAGGAAAAAAUGGCUGACUCCGACAACAACCAAGACGGGGCCAAUUCAUCGGCCGCGCGCACAGAGGACACGCCACAAGGAGCGUCUGCGUCUAGUUCAGUGGCUGGAGCAGUGGGCAUGACCACCUCUGGAGAGAGCGAAUCAGAUGACUCUGAAAUGGGAAGGCUGCAAGCUCUGCUGGAGGCCAGGGGUCUUCCUCCACACCUGUUUGGACCUUUUGGGCCCCGAAUGUCUCAACUGUUUCACAGGACCAUAGGGAGCGGAGCUAGCUCAAAGGCUCAGCAGCUGCUACAGGGCCUGCAGGCUACAGGAGACGAAUCCCAGCAGCUCCAAGCUGCCAUAGAGAUGUGUCAGCUGCUUGUGAUGGGUAAUGAGGAGACGCUGGGAGGUUUCCCCGUAAAGAGCGUCGUACCUGCCCUGAUCACACUAUUACAGAUGGAGCACAAUUUUGAUAUUAUGAAUCAUGCAUCUCGAGCCCUCACCUACAUGAUGGAGGCUCUGCCACGUUCCUCGGCUGUGGUCGUGGACGCCAUCCCCGUCUUCCUGGAAAAGCUUCAGGUCAUCCAGUUUAUAGAUGUUGCAGAACAAGCCCUGACCGCCCUGGAGAUGUUGUCGAGGAGGCACAGUAAAGCAAUCCUGCAGGCUGGAGGGCUAGCUGAUUGUUUGCUGUACUUAGAGUUCUUCAGCAUCAACGCUCAGAGGAAUGCACUAGCCAUCGCCGCUAACUGCUGUCAGAGCAUCACAGCGGAUGAGUUUCACUUUGUGGCUGACUCUCUGCCCCUGCUCACUCAGAGACUCACACACCAGGAUAAAAAAUCGGUGGAAAGCACAUGUCUCUGUUUUGCCAGGCUGGUGGACAACUUUCAGCACGAGGAGAACCUGUUACAGCAGGUGGCUUCCCGGGAUCUACUGACCAACAUUCAGCAGCUGCUGGUGUUGACUCCACCUGUGCUCAGCUCCGGCAUGUUCAUUAUGGUGGUGCGCAUGUUCUCCCUCAUGUGCUCCAACUGUCCGUGUCUGGCCGUACAGCUCAUGAAGCAGAAUAUAGCAGAGACGCUGCGGUUCCUGCUCUGUGGAGCAUCUAAUGGAAGCUGUCAAGAGCAGAUUGACCUUGUGCCCAGAAGCCCUCAGGAGCUUUAUGAACUCACCUCACUCAUCUGUGAGCUGAUGCCAUGUCUGCCCAGAGAGGGCAUCUUUGCGGUGGAUGUCAUGCUGAAGAAGGGCAGCGCCCAGACCACAGAGGGUGCCAUCUGGCAGUGGAGAGACGACCGAGGUCUGUGGCACCCGUACAACCGCAUUGACAGCCGCAUUAUUGAGACUGCUCACCAGAAUGGAGAAGAUGAGAUAAGUCUGUCCACUCUCGGUCGAGUCUACACCAUUGACUUCAAUUCUAUGCAGCAGAUUAAUGAAGACACUGGCACCGCCCGAGCCAUUCAGAGAAAACCCAACCCUUUGGCCAACCCUAACACAGGAGGUCACUUAGAGGUGCGGAGAGAAGACGCUCGUGCUCAGCUGUUGAAAGAGGAUCCUGAGCUUGCUAAGUGUUUUAUAAAGACUCUGUUUGGGGUUCUUUAUGAGGUGUACAGCUCCUCGGCCGGGCCCGCUGUCAGACACAAGUGCCUUAGAGCCAUCCUCCGGAUCAUCUACUUCGCAGAUGCAGAGCUGCUUAAAGACGUCCUGCGCAACCACUCUGUGUCCAGUCAUAUUGCUUCCAUGCUGUCCAGUCAGGAUCUGAAGAUUGUAGUGGGUUCUCUGCAGAUGGCUGAGAUCCUAAUGCAGAAGCUCCCAGAUGUGUUCAGUGUUUACUUCAGAAGAGAAGGUGUGAUGCACCAGGUAAAGAAUCUGGCCGAGUCUGAAGCGUUCCUCACCAGCCCUCCUAAAGCAUGCACCAGUGGCACAGCUAAUCUCUGCACCACCACCAUCACCACAGCAACCACUACAGCUGCCACCAACGUCACACCCGACCUGGGUUCCCCGAGCUUUCAGCACAGCAUGGACGACUCUCUAGACCUUAGCCCACAGGGUAGGUUGAGUGAUGUUCUGAAGAGAAAACGCCUCCCGAAAAGAGGACCAAGACGUCCCAAGUAUUCCCCACCCAGAGACGAUGACAAAGUGGAUAAUCAGGCUAAGAGCCCGACCACCACACAGUCUCCCAAGUCCUCUUUCCUGGCCAGUCUGAAUCCAAAGACCUGGGGUAAGCUGGGGACCCAGACAAACAGCGCUAACUCUGAACCCUCACGCACGGCAGGAGUCAGCGGCCUGGCACGUGUGCCGCCAAAAGACUCUGUGUCCAAUAACAGAGAUAAGAUAAAGGCCUGGAUAAAGGAGCAAGCCAGUAAGUUUGUGGAGCGUUACUUUAACUCUGAGAGUGUGGAUGGAAGUAACCCAGCACUGAACGUCCUGCAGAGACUCUGUACUGCUACAGAACAGCUCAGCCUGCAGGUCGACAGUGGCGCAGAGUGCCUAGAGGAGAUCAGCAAUAUUGUGUCUGAAUCAGACGUGUCGUCCUUCGAGAUCCAGCACAGCGGUCUGGUGAAGCAGCUGUUGUUGUAUCUGACAUCAAACAGCGAGCGGGACACUAUCAGCAGAGACGAUAGGAUCAAGAGGUUCCUGCAUGUGUUCUUCGGCUGUCCAAUACCAGGACAAGAACCUCUUGGGCGUUUGGACCUGACGGAGAACGGCCCGCUGCUGUCACUGGUGCACAAGAUGAAUAACUGUCUCAGUCAGAUGGAGCAGUUCCCUGUUAAAGUGCACGACUUUCCCAGUGGAAAUGGCAACGGCAGCAGGGGUUCACAAGCACUUAAGUUUUUCAACACCCAUCAGCUGAAGUGUCAGCUGCAGAGACAUCCAGACUGCACUAAUGUCAAACAGUGGAAGGGAGGACCGGUCAAAAUCGACCCCUUGGCUUUGGUACAGGCCAUCGAGAGAUACCUUGUUGUUAGAGGGUAUGGAAGGAUAAGAGAGGAAGAUGAAGAUAGUGAUGAUGAUGGUUCAGAUGAUGAGAUCGACGAGUCUUUGGCUGCCCAGUUCCUGAACUCUGGGAGCGUACGUCACAGGCUGCAGUUCUACAUAGGCGAGCACCUGCUGCCGUACAACAUGACUGUGUAUCAGGCCGUCAGGCAGUUCAGUCUACAGGCAGAGGAGGAGAGAGAGAGCACAGAUGAUGAAGCAAAUCCUCUGGGACGGGCCGGCAUAUGGACCAAAACACACACUAUAUGGUAUAAGCCGGUCAGAGAGGAUGAAGAGGGCUGUAAAGACGCCGUUGGAGGGAAGAGAGGGCGCGCACAGACGGCGCCUACUAAAACCUCCCCUCGAAAUGCCAAGAAACAGGAUGAACUGUGGCACGGUAGGAAGAACACACUUAUAAAGUCGAUCAACUCUUUACAUCCAGUAUUCAAAGUGAACUUGAUCAGAAUCGCUAUUGAUUCAGACAACCCUGUGGAUGUGUGUUUUUUGCUGUUUGUAGAGGGUGUGUGUCCCAGCGUGACAAACCCAUUAGAGUCAUACCUCAUUUCCGAUCCUCCAGAGGGCAUCACUUUUGAUGAUCCCUCUAUGGAGGUGAUACUGCUGCUGAGGGUCCUGCACUCCAUCAGUAGAUACUGGUUUUACCUGUACGAUAAUGCUGCAUGUAAGGAGAUCAUUCCCAUCAGUGAGUUUAUUAACAGUAAACUGACAGCAAAGGCCAACAGACAGUUACAGGACCCGCUGGUCAUCAUGACUGGAAACAUCCCCACCUGGCUCACCGAGCUCGGCAAAACCUGCCCGUUUUUCUUUCCCUUCGACACGCGGCAGAUGCUCUUCUACGUAACGGCAUUUGACCGGGACCGCGCCAUGCAACGCUUGCUCGACACCAACCCUGAGAUCAACCAGUCUGACUCGCAGGACAGCCGCGUCGCUCCGCGCCUUGACAGGAAGAAGAGAACGAUAAACCGCGAUGAGCUCCUGAAGCAGGCAGAGUCUGUAAUGCAGGACCUUGGGAGCUCCAGAGCCAUGCUGGAGAUACAGUAUGAGAAUGAGGUGGGAACAGGUCUCGGCCCAACGCAAGAGUUCUACGCACUGGUGUCUCAGGAGUUGCAAAGGGCUGAUUUGGGACUAUGGAGAGGAGAGGAAGUGGCUCUCACCAACCCUAAAGGGAGUCAUGAGGGAACAAAGUAUAUGUUCAGCUCCAGGGGUUUGUUCGCUGUACCUUUCGGACGAACUACCAAACCAGCUCACAUCGCCAAGAUCAAAAUGAAGUUCCGUUUUCUAGGCAAGCUCAUGGCUAAAGCCAUCAUGGACUUCAGAUUGUUGGAUUUGCCUCUAGGUUUGCCCUUCUAUAAGUGGAUGUUGAGGCACGAGUCGUCAAUCAGCUCUCAUGACUUGGUCAACAUUGAUCCCGGUGUGGCCAAAUCCAUCCAGCAUCUGGAGGACAUCAUCCGCCAGAAGAAGAGAAUAGAGCAGGACAGAUCACAUACGCGGGAGACUCUACAGCAGGCCUUGGAGAGUCUCAACAUGAACGGCUGCUCAGUGGAGGAUCUCGGGCUAGACUUCACUCUGCCCGGAUUCCCCAACAUCGAACUGAAGAAGGGAGGCAAAGAUGUGCCAGUCACCAUUCACAACCUGGAGGAAUAUCUCCGAUUGGUGGUGUACUGGACCCUCAAUGAGGGCGUGUCACGGCAGUUCGAGUCUUUUAGGGAAGGAUUCGAGUCCGUGUUCCCUCUUCAUCACCUGCAGUACUUUUAUCCCGAAGAGCUGGAUCAGUUAUUGUGUGGCAGUAAGUCAGAGUCUUGGGAUGUAAAGACGCUGAUGGAGUGCUGCAGACCGGACCACGGCUACACGCACGACAGCCGUGCGGUGAGGUUCCUGUUUGAGGUGCUAAGCAGUUUCGAUGCGGAGCAGCAGAGACUGUUCCUGCAGUUCGUCACAGGGAGCCCCAGACUUCCCGUUGGAGGAUUCCGGAGUUUAAACCCUCCUCUCACCAUUGUUCGGAAGACGUUCGAGUCGACGGAGAACCCGGACGACUUCCUUCCUUCCGUCAUGACGUGCGUGAACUACCUGAAGCUGCCGGAUUACUCCAGCAUCGAGAUCAUGCGCGAGAAACUGUUGAUCGCCGCCCGUGAGGGCCAGCAGUCUUUCCACCUGUCCUGAUCUCACUUCCCAAACCCUCUAACUCAGAAAUGGCCUUCAAUCGACUCACUGCAGAACCACAGAAAUCCUGACUUCUUCCUUAGACUUCCUCCUCUUUCAUUUCCACCCAUCACCCCCCCCCCGCCGUUUUUUUUGUUUCGAACACUCACAUCGAGGCAAAAUAUGUACAGCCUACUUGUUUAAAGAAAAGCAGCUUGCAGAAACCUAAACCAUAGAGCGUAAGAGACUUCCUUUUCACUCCCAAGCCGGAGGAAAGGGUAUUAUGCGACUCAUCGGAUUUAAAAAAGAAAAAACACUUUUUUGUAAGAAACAUUAAGAAAACACUCGAGAGCAGAUUAUUAAAAUAUAUCAAUAGUUGAGAGAUGUCCGCAAAGAGGGGAAAUAACCUGGGUGAUGUUUUAAACUCAUUGACGUGUGGAGAAAAAAGGGAUGUUUUCUUUCUCUCCUGCUGGAUGACAUCUUCACUGUGUGUUCCUGUUGGGGAGGGGGCAUCCAUUGAGCAGGCAAGGGUUCCUAUAGCUCCAAAGAUCAUUUGUACAGACAAAAAUUUGCAGAUUUUGCUUAUUUGACAUUUGAUAGAAUAGAUGUGUGCUCUCCUGCCCAGUUUGCCCCCGUUUUCUGUAUUAUACCCCACCGAGUCUCUGCAUUUUGGUUCCACUUCAUUUAAUUUCUCUUUCCUCUUGUGUGUCGUUUUUCUUUAUUUGAGAGAAUUUUUUGAACGCGUAAGAGAGUUCCAGUUGGUUGAAUGCGGGUAGCGUUGUAAGCGUAGUAUCUUUAUUAUAAUAUUAUUAUAAUUAUUGUUUUGUUUUUAACCCAAGUUGAAAUAGUUUUCUGGCCAAUAUUUCACAUCGAGUGUCUGCUCUGUUGAAGAGAUAUCCAUUGUGUAGGGUUCUAGUAGUGCUUCUGCUGGACUUCUGGGGGACUUGAGGUCUUAUUGACGGGCCUGCUGAAGUUGCUUGGCUGACGAAGCCGGGCUCAAAUCCCAUUAUGUAGCCAAGCACAAGAAAUUCAUUUAAAAGGAUUGUCUGGUCUUAUUUUAUGGUUUCACGGCCAGAUAGCAUUUCAAAAAAGAAGAAAAAAAAUCAUUAAAUGAUAUAGAGUUUAUAUGCAGUUUUCACACCCGGUUUGAGGUGGCUGCCUUUUUUUUUAAUUUUCUAUUGUUUCUGUUUUUCCUCUUGCUGUAGUUUAUUUUUGCACUGCUGGCUUGGAACAAACCGUGGUGUGCACUGCAGUCUGUGGCCAGGAGGAGGCGCCAGUGUUUGCUCUCCUGUCCUCAUCGUUCAUGUGCUGGUUUCUAAGAUCUGCAAUAAUUUACUUCAUCAGGUUCAUGUUUUUACCUGAACAUAAAUAAAGUAAUUGUUUGACUCA